AUGAAUUCAGAAUUACCAGUAGAGUGUUUAAGAGAAAUUAUAGAAAUAUUACAAGAUGACAUGAAAUCAUUACAUUCUUGUCUUUUUGUAAAUAAAUUAUGGUGUCAUAUUGCAGUAGAAAUAUUAUGGAAAGAUACUUGGAAAUUUUGUAGACAUUAUUGUAAGAAUAAUAAAGAAUCUUCGAUUUUAUCAACAUUGAUUUCUUGUUUCUCAAAUGAUUCAAAGAAUUAUUUAAUUUCAAGUGGAAUCAUCAUAAAAAAACCUACGAAUAGAUCUCCAUUGUUUGAUUAUGCAAGAUAUUGUAGAAAUUUACCUUCUCUAAAGGAUAUGAAGAAACUUUUAAAACAAGAAAUUUAUAAAAUGUUUAUAAGUAAAUGUUCAACUUUUAAAUAUUUGCAUUUGAGAGAAUCAGACAUUUUAAUUCCUUGGUUUCCAGGUGCAAAUACUAGCUUGUCAAAUCUAGUUGAAUUAAGAUGUGAGGCUCAAUUGAAAUCUGAAAUAUUCUCAGAACUUUCAAAAUUUUGUAAAAGUUUACAAAAAAUUAUUAUAGAUCAUUGUAACAAUGAUAAUGAGGGUCUGGCGAAUUUAAUUGAAAACCAAUCAAAUUUAAAAUUUGUUGAGUGUUCAAAUUGGGAUAGAUUUGACUCAAAUGAAAAAUGUUUUAAGAUAUCCAAAGCUAUUAUCAAAAAGAAAGAUUCCAUAUUUGAAUUUGGUUAUGGUGGUGGUGAAUUAUGUUUACUACUAAACACUAUAUCUCAAUUAUCAAAUUUAGAAACUUUGAAAUUUUGGUUAAAUAGAGAUUCUAUUAAUGAUAUUAUACAAGAAUUAGAAUUUGCACAUUUCAAAAAUUUAAAAAUUAUUUAUUUAGAAACUGAACCUUUACCUCUUGAAAUAUUAUCAAAUCUUAUCUUAAAUACAAAUUACAGUCUAAGAAAAAUUUAUUUGAAUUAUUGGUAUGUUCCAGAUCCAGAAAAUAUCAACAAUUUUAAUCAGGUAAUUAGUAAAUUUUGUCCAAGCUUGGAAUUUCUAACUACUUGGUGUUUCAUCAAUAACACCAACACUGCAGCUGAUGGUGAUGACGGGAGAAGUCUAAAUGAAGAAGAAAAUAGUCAUGAUAGUAAUAAUAUAUCUUCAUCAUUAAAGAAUUUUAAACAAAUAUUUCAAAAUUGUAAAAAUUUAAAAUCAAUUUUAAUCAGAGGAGUAAACGAACCAAAGAUUGAUGGUGAUUUAUUAUUUGAUUUAUUAUUUUCAACUCGACCAAAAAGUUUAAAUAGAAUCAAAUUAGAUGGUGAAUGGAAAUUUUCUAUAAACAAAUUAUGCAAGUUCCUAGAAUAUUGUCAACUUUCUAAUAUCAAACUUUGGUUAGAUGUUUGUAAAAUGUCAAAUGAUGAACGGGAUUUUACAUUUGAACAUUUAAAAGCUAUUCAAUACUAUAAUAAACAAGGUAUCAUUAAAAAUGAAGAAUUUUUCUUGAAUUUUUAG